UACUACAGACUGCAAAUCACUGUAUCGCCUCUCACACAAAAUACUGUUCGCCGACCUCCAUUUCUCUCCUCCCUCCUCGUCCCGCACACAGACUCCCUUUCUCUCUCCUAGGCCGCCCCCCUUUCUCUCUCAUCUGAUCUGCAUCUGCUUUUCUCCCUCUAGUUUAUUGUCCCUUCUCGCGUGCCCAAAGAUUUGAUUUUUGUCGAGGAGGCGGAGUCUGAGGAGGAGUGCUGGUGGGAGGAAGGAGAUCCUGAUCUGUUCUCGGAGGGGAGAGAGACGAGGAAGAUGGCGGCGCAGGAGCAGGAGCAGGCCAAGACGAGCACCACGAGCUCGCUCCCCACCAGCAGCGAGCGCUCCUCCAGCUCCGCCCCCAACAACCUCAGGGAAGGAGGGGCGGAGAGCGACGAGGAGAUACGGCGGGUGCCGGAGAUAGUAAGCGGCGCGUCCGCGUCGUCUGGGGCGGGCCCGGACGAGCGCAACAAGGAGGAUGGCAAGCCGGGGCAGCAGCAGGCGGCUGGCGCGCAAGGGCAGCCACCGGCGGCGGGGGGAAAGAAGCGCGGGCGCACCGCGGGGGACAGGGAGCAGAACCGGCUGAAGCGUCUGCUGCGAAACCGCGUGUCGGCGCAGCAGGCGCGGGAGCGGAAGAAGGCGUACGUGACGGAGCUGGAGGCGAAGGCCAAGGACCUCGAGCUCCGCAAUGCCGAGCUCGAGCAGAGGGUCUCCACGCUCCAGAACGAGAACAACACGCUCCGUCAGAUACUCAAGAACACGACGGCGCACGCGAGCAAGCGUGGCAGCGGUUGCGGCGGCAAGAAGCACCACUUCACCAAGAGCUGAUGAGACUGGUGUUGGUUUGUGCUAGGAAACGAACCGUUCGUCUGAUCUGGCCAUUGUUAUGCUAGGGUACUGUUGGCAUCUUGCUGUUUCAGAUGACGUUUCUCUCUCUGAUUGUACUAUCACCGACCCGUCUGUGUGUCUGCUGUAGUGCUACUAGUAGUUUAGAUGUCAGAACACCGUAUGUUGUACUAUUGUGUAGUUCAUUAUUCAUCCCUGCAAUUUCGCAACUCAAUCCAAUAUUUACGGUGCCAGA